AUUAGUCCUUCAAAUUAUUUUGACAGAAAAAGCGAUUUAUUUGAGUAAUUUGUUGCGCAUUUUCCCUUGGAAAUUUCACAAUUUCCAGUUAAAUCUUGUUCUUCAACCCACCCACACACACACACACUGUCAAUUUCUUCUUGUAAUUCAAACAAUCCCCAAUGCAUUGUUGACUGAAUAUCUCGAAUUUGCCCCGAAAUGCCGCAACCCGGUAAAUCCUCCGGCAGAUUCUCAUUUUUUGGCCUCGCCUCUGCACCCUCCACCUCCCUCAGCGCCGGCGCUAAUCCUGACCCGCCGCACCUGAAACUGGAAUCCGACAGACAAGUGUACAGACCGGGCGAUCUGAUCACCCUUACUAUUGAGAUUAAGAAUCCAACACAUCUUUCUUCUCUUUUAAUCGAAAGGCUUUGCUUUGAAUGUAAAGGGAUCGAGAAAUUGGAUACUCAGUGGUUCACUACUCCUAAGCCUACUCCUGAUCCUAAACAGCGCCGAGGUGAGUAUGUAUUCAUGGAUUGCUCCACUUCAACUAUAGUCUCAAAUCAAAUUAUUUCCAGCGGGGCCACCAAAACAUAUGUGGUGCGGGCCCUUCUACCAGACUCUAUACCUCCAUCAUACCGAGGCACAACUAUCCGUUAUCUUUACUAUUGCAGGGCUACGCUAUCUGGACAGUUUCUGAUUUUGGAAAAGGGACAUUCUCUAGGAGAGUCAGUACAGGAAUUCUCUGCAUUGGAAGCACGAAUACCGCUGCAGAUAUGGGUUACUCAGAAAAACAAUGGCCUGCUUGGUGAUGAAGGUCGCAGUGAUGGAAUAGUUCCUUUGACAACUGUUCUCUUGGAUGUGUACUGGAAAGAAAUGGAUACUGAUUCCGAGUGGGCUAAAGUGAAUGACGCUUUCGAUGAAGUUGAGGAAGGGUAUGAAAGUUCACGAGAUGAUAUCUUAUCUGUUUCUUCCUACAACCCCAUGAAGGAAGAUAUAAAUAAAACUUUUGGAAGUUCAUUAUCCUUGCAGUCAUUUUCAGCAAGGUCUUCAACUAGAGGUUCUCUAUAUGCCCAAGGACGCCCUAGCAUAUCCUCAAGCAUGGCUCUUCCUCAGCUCUCUGUAACUGAGGUUUUAAAUGAUCCCACUGGCGACAGGCCUCCCACUGUAGGGUCUCCAAGUCAACCACCAAAACAUAUGAAAGCCCUGUCAGCAGAUGAUGAGUCGAGAAGUCCAUCUGCCUCUAAAUCUAUGCAAUCUGUAGCAUCAGAAGGGGUUAUUAGAGGGAGAUCAUACAAUAUCAGACUGGAUGACCAAGUUUUACUAAGAUUUUCACCAAAGAACUCUGACUCUACUUACUACUUCAGUGAUAUGAUAGGUGGAACCCUAACAUUCUUCCAUGAAAAGGGGUCCAGGAGAUGCCUUGAGGUGUCAAUAACUUUGGAGGCGAAGGAGAGUAUAAAUAGACGUUUUGUCCAUCCUUCUCGAAGGCAUUCCCCGACUAUAACCAAGAUUCAUAGCGAUCACCAUGAGGUUGUGGCAGAUUUAGUCCAAACAAGCUUUCUCUUUUCCAUUCCAAUGGAUGGGCCUAUGACAUUUUCUACCUCUUAUGUCUCUGUGCAAUGGGCUCUUAGAUUUGAAUUUCUUACAACUCCUAAGAAUGUUGACUGGACAAGGUUUGAUCAUCCUCUUCUGAUAGAGGGAAGGGACAAAUGUGAGUGGGUACUUCCAAUAACUGUACACGCACCUCCUCUAGGGGCAGCAGCAGCAGCUCAAACCCGAAAUGAGAAGUUAUUCUCUAUAGAACCCAUGUGGAUUCGUACUUGAAGUUACAGCAGGGCCCAGGUUUUCAUAAUCACCACCUCAAACUCUGCAAAACAUUGAUGUUGUAUAGCCAUUUGUUGUUCUUAAGGAUCUUGUGCUGAAAUGCAAAUGCAGCAACUCUUCUUUAUCAGCUAUGCGGCCUCGGUGUUGAUGUUUUUAGUUGCAGAGUAGAUCGUUGGCCAAUUACCCUUUUUCACAUUGUUGUAAUUUUAUAGGCUCCAUCCAGACUUGAAUAUUUUGACAGUCCCGAAUAAUGCUUUUGUUAUUCCUCGACUUAUCGUAUACUUAUGAUUUUAAUUUUGGCCGUAUCUAUGUAAUAAAUAUUAAUGGUUUUGGUUUAGUUGGAGCCUGGAGGGUAUAUAUUUGUAGUUGCUGGUACAUGAGUGAGAUAUCUGAAAUUCUUAUCCAACAUUCUAGGAAAAUUGGAAUGUGCUGA